CUAGUCUUCUGCAGUCACUGGUACGUGGCAAAGAGCUGCAUUGUCAUUCUUGCCUUGCACUGAACUUUAUAAGCUGGUAGUGGUUCUUGUCCUGCAUGCUGCUGUGAGAGGGCAGGGCAAGGGAACAAUUUGAGAAGCCAGCAUGGAGCUACACGUUACAAGAGUCCUUCUGCUUCUGCUUUCCUUGAGUGCGGCGCACGGGGGAGGAUACUAUGGCAAGAAGUCUGACACCAAGGGGCCUCAGUACCAACCAUACAACGUGAAGAGUCAAGCGCUACCAAUGAUGGGAGAACCGGGCCCCCCCGGUGAACCAGGAGAGCGAGGCCCUGCUGGUCAUCCGGGGCCUCCAGGCAAGGCCGGCUAUGGGAUGCCAGGAGUACAAGGCCCUCCUGGGCCACCAGGACCACAGGGAUACUCUGCUGCAGGAAAGCCAGGCUCUCCGGGUACGCCAGGCAAACCUGGCGAACCAGGCUUCCCUGGGGAAAAAGGACAAACCGGAACCCAGGGACAUCAAGGGCCCAGGGGGGUCCCAGGACCUCCUGGGAUUCCUGGACCUGCUGGCCUCUCUUCUCCAGGAAAGCUGGGGCCACAAGGCAUGCCAGGUGCACCAGGCUCACAAGGGAUGCCAGGAAUAAAGGGACAUCAGGGUCCUCCAGGCAUGCAAGGCCCAAAAGGAGAGCAUGGAUAUGGAGCACCAGGGGCUCAAGGAGAGAGAGGUCCUGAAGGGCCAGCAGGCCAAGCUGGGAGGCCAGGGACCCCUGGUGUGGGUAAACCUGGUACACCUGGGUAUCCAGGGGAGCCAGGGAAGCAAGGAACGCCUGGUUUGAAUGGGUCCCCUGGACCCAUGGGCAUGCCAGGUCAAAAGGGCCCUGCUGGGUCACCUGGGCCAAUGAGCAUAGGAAAGCCGGGAGAAAAUGGUGCCCCAGGUAUGCCUGGUCCAACUGGGCCAAAAGGUCCACCUGGACCUGCAGGGGAGAGUGGGAAUCCAGGGCUUCCAGGUUAUGGUAAAUCAGGCCUGCCUGGGCUUAAAGGGGACAGAGGGGCAUCAGGUGUGCCAGGUGUACCUGGUCUUAAAGGAGAACAGGGGUCAGCUGGGCACUCAGGGGAACCAGGGCGCCCUGGGCCAUCAGGUCUACCAGGGCCUCAGGGCCAAAGAGGGUUUUCUGGAGAAACUGGACAGGCAGGACCAAAAGGUGAAGCUGGUCAAAUGGGAGAACCAGGGCCGAUAGGUUUUAAAGGCGCUCAGGGUUCACAAGGCUUUGAAGGGAAACCAGGAUACCCAGGACCACCUGGCCCUGUGGGUUCCAGGGGAAUCCCGGGACCAUCAGGUGUGAAGGGUGACACAGGAACAGCAGGUUCUCCUGGUCUCCCAGGGCAACCAGGCAGCCCAGGGUCUAAAGGCAAUGCAGGCCAACCCGGCGAACCAGGAUCAAGGGGACAAGAUGGAAUACCCGGCUCAAGAGGUCCCAGCGGUCCACCAGGGUCUGCAGGUGCACCUGGCUUAAAGGGGCAUCCUGGUACUCCCGGGCAAGCAGGGCCUGCUGGUAUCACAGCUAAAGGAGUGCCAGGUCCAAUGGGUCCCCCUGGGUUUCCCGGCGCAAGAGGAUCAGAUGGUCGCCCCGGAACUCCUGGUCUUCCAGGACCACCCGGCCCCGCAGGAGAGAUGAUGUAUCAGAAGAGUAUAAAAUCUGCACAAAUGCAAAUGGCUCCCAUAUCUGCUUUCAGUGCCCUGCUUAGCAAGGCCUACCCACAUUCCCAAACUCCCAUUCAGUUUGACAACACCCUAUAUAAUGGACAGCAACACUACAACCCUUCCACUGGAAUCUUCACAUGUCGCAUACCAGGAAUCUACUAUUUUGCAUACCAUGUGCAUGUUAAGGGGUCAAAUGUUUUGGUUGCGCUGUAUAAAAAUGGCUCCCCGGUAAUGUACACCUACGAUGAAUAUAAGAAAAGCUAUCUGGAUCAAGCCUCGGGAAGUGGUGUCCUCUACCUUCAGGAAGGCGACCAGGUGUGGGUUCAGAUUCCGGACGAUGAUUCCACCGGUGUCUAUGCCUCCGAUAACAUUCACUGCUCCUUCAGUGGAUUCCUCAUUGGCUCUACGUGAUACUGAUUUGCUCAACUGGCAGUGCAAUUUUAAUCGACAAACUACAAAUGCCUUGUUUUUGUUCAGACCCUUCUUUCAAAUGCUCCUGACAGUACAUUAGUUUUCUGGUAUAUAAAAUGUUAGUCUACUUUCUAAUUUUCAGUUUUUAUUAAAUACAAAAAAAUAAAAAAAUCAGAAAAGAAAAUUACAAAUGUGGUUAAUAGCAAGAAAACAUAUGGUGCUUUCAUCACUGUGCUCAAACCCCUUCCAAGCAGGUGAUCCUUCUGUCUGUUUGUCUUUAAAAGCAGUGUUAUUAAUAUGAUAUUGAAUAAACAGACGCUUAUUGCUAGAAGUAUUGGUAUUAGUAGUAUAGCAAUGUUGUAUUGGCGUGUCUAUGGAACUGUAACACUUCUCACAGGAACAUGUAUUGAACUCCUGAUAACUUCUAUUGUGUGCCAGAAAAUCUGACUGCCGUGAUCUAUAACCUAUUUUAUACCUGUACAAAACACUGUAAAAUCCCUUUGAGAUGCAUAUGCCUUUUAUAAAUGACCAAAAUAAACAUUUAAGAUCUUCAAA